UUUUGAUGAUGGCUAUUUGUACUUUAUUCUGUUCAACCUUUUUUUUUUUCCUUUUUGAGUUCUUUGUAUCAAGUUUAAUACAGUAACUUUGUUUGCUGAUAUUUUUAACUGAUCAUUCUCCCACUGUCUUGUCAUUGUAGAUCACCUGCUGUGUCUUGACAUUCAUCCUGAGUUCUCUCUUUUCACACAGCCCAAGUUGUAAUUCUAUCCUCAUGAUGAGUAUUCUUUUUUGUGUCAUACAGGGAUGGGACAUCUAUUGUGCUUUCUGAUGAAGUUGGCCAAAUAUACAUAUUAGCCUCAGGGCAAGGGGAGUCUCAAAAGGAUGCCAAAUAUGACCAGUUUUUCCUUGGUGAUUAUCGUCCUCUCAUUCAAGACACCCAUGGUAACGUUUUAGAUCAGGAGACUCAGCUUGUCCCACAUAGACGGAACAUUCAAGAUCUGCUUUGUGAUUCAAGCAUGAUCCCUUAUCCUGAACCUUACCAGAGCAUGUACCAGCAACGGCGAUUAGGUGCUUUGGGUAUUGAGUGGCGUCCUCCUUCCGUAAAAUUUGCUGUUGGCCCUGGGGAGCAUUUCGGCCUCCAAGAUUAUCCAAUGCUGCCAAUUCCGGACUUGGAUAGAUGGAUUGAGCCAUUACCAGAGUUUCUAGAUGCUAUGGAUUGGGAACAAGAAAAUGAAGUUCAAAGUGACGGGUCAGAUUCAGAGUAUAAUGUUCCUGAGGAGUAUUCUAGUGAAGGGGAGCACAUAAGUUUGAGCGCUGGUUCUUCUGGUGAUCCAGAGUGCAGUGCGGAAGACAGUGAGGCCGACCACGUUAAUAAGGAUGGUCUUCGCAGAUCUAGAAGAAGAAAACACAAGGCAGAAGUUGAGGUCACAACUUCUUCUGGGAGGCGUGUUAAGAGGAAAAACUUGGAUCAGCGAGAUGGUACUCUAUCCAAGAGUAACAGAAGAAGGAAAUCAAAACAUGGCCGGUUGGCUUCAAAGAAGAAAAAGUCUUCUAAAUCAAAGUCGUUGCGCCCUCAGAGACUUGCUGCACGUAAUGCCCUUAAUUUGUUUUCUCAAAUUUCUGGGGCAUCCACAGAUGGGGAAGAGGAAGAGGGCUCAGAGAAUGACUCAUCCGAGAGUGAAUCAGAGCUACCCGAUUCAAACAUUCAGAGCAAUGAAUCUGAUAGAUCAACACAGAAUGUGCGCCAAAAACACCAAAGGGAGAAAGAAGAGUCAGAUGAGUGUGAAACUGCAGUCAUACCUCCUGAACCGCCUGUUUACGAAACUAAUACUGUAAACAGGAGGAGAUUGGUCCUGAAGUUGCCAGUUCGUGAUCCGAAGAAACUCGCACCUCCGGAAAACACAAAAACUGAAUCCCAUGGGCAGGGUUAUGUAAUGGGUUCAUUAGGUAAAGCUCCUUCAGAUAUGACAAACCUAAACCAAACCUAUUCAAGCACCCAAGAAUCGGGGCCUUCUGGUGAUACAGUCAAUGCUGCUCUCCCUCAAAACUGUGGUGGAAUUAAUAUCAGAGAGAGAGGGCAAGCUGAAAUUGAAGAUAAGCCAGAUUUAUCUGUAGGGUACAAGGAUAACAAAAUCAGAUGGGGGGAAGUAAAAGCUCGAACAUCAAAGCGUUUGCGAUUGGGUGACAUUCUGUUGACAGAUGCAUGGCCUGCCUCGAACGUCUCCCUGGACGGGCAAAGCCCAACCGAAGAUGAAGCAAAUGGACAUCUCAAAUCAGAUGAUGAGUAUGGAAUCAUGGCACAUUCAGAAAAUCAAAUUCAUGGAGAUCGACCAGACAGAAAAGCCUACAGGAGGGAGGAGCAGUUUAGACCUAGAACUUCUGAAGGGUUUGGUGAUACAAAAGAUAAGCAUAUCAUUCCUGCAUAUGAACACAACUCUUCACUAGUUGACUUCUCAAGUAAUGACCCAUGUAAUGGAAACACAUCUGAAACAACGCGGCUUGAGGACAUGGGAUAUGGAGAUCAGCCUGGUAUGAGCAAAUAUGGGGGUCAUGAUGAGCGCUCAGAAAGUGCUGACAUAGUAAUUGAUAGUAGAAAUGCACCUGUUCUUAGUUGUAAGAAUAAUAUGGACAAUAUUCAAGGAGUGGAAGAGAACACCAAACCCAUCACUAGAAAGUUACGGAUUAAAUCAAAAGGAAUCUUGAAGGAACCUGAAAAUCUAUCCACUUCAAAGCUAAACUCUGUUACAACAAAAGAAGAUAGGAAAUUUUCUGGAUCUGAUUUGGUGUCCAGAAGUCCCAAACAGGGGGAACAUGAUCGAAUUGUAGGAUUGCCUGAGGAGGAGGAGGAUGGUAAUGGUGGAUCACUCCCAGACCAUCGAGCCUGGGAUGUUGGGCUAGGAAAAUCAGGGACUCCGUUUGAUCAGGAUUCAAAUAGGUUGCAUUCAUAUUCAAACACGUCCAAUGCUGUUUGUAGAAGGUCGAAAUCAUACCAGGCUAGAGCGAAUUCAGAAGCUGACAUCUGUGGUAUGGAAGAAAGUACCUCAAAUGCCAGCAAUCACAAUGCUGUCAUGGAAAUGGACUUUCCUGAGGCUGUGACUGAUGGAGCCCGUAGAACAAGAUCCAUGGGCACAAAGGCAACAACCCGGGAGCAAAAUCCUGCGAUAGGUAAAUUCAAAGUGAGGACAGGUCAUGGCAUUGUGGAGACAUCAAGAAAUGUUGAAAGAUUUUCCUUAAAUGGGCACGAGGAAUGGAAUUCAGGUUCAAGAGUGACUGUUGGGUUAAGGUCUGCUAGAAACAGGAGAGAGAAUUAUUAUGAUGGUGACCUAAGCCCUCCAGAUAGAAGAAAGGCAUACCAUGCAGCAAGAAAGCCAUCAUGGUUGAUGUUAACAGAACAUGAGGAGAGCUACCGAUAUAUUCCCCAAAAAGGCGACGAGGUUAUGUAUGUAAGAAAGGGCCAUCAACAGUAUUUAGAGUGGAGCCAUUCCCAUGAAGCAGGGCCUUGGAGAUUACUCAAGGGAAACAUACAAUCUGUAGAAUUUUGCAAGGUAGUGAGCCUUGAUUAUUCAACGCUUCCCGGUUCUGGAGAAAGCUGCUGUAAACUCACCCUUGAAUUUGUAGAUCCUUGUUCUAGUGUAUUUGGUAAAACCUUCAAAUUGACUUUGCCGGAGCUAGUUGAUUUUUCGGACUUCCUCGUUGAAAGGACGCGUUAUGAUGCUGCCGUUAGGAGAAACUGGACACAUAGGGACAAAUGUCAGGUGUGGUGGAGAAAUGAGAAUGAGGAAGGCGGGAGUUGGUGGGAUGGUCGGGUAAUAGCAGUGAAGCCUAAAUCUCCUGAAUUUCCAGACUGUCCGUGGGAAAGAUGUGUUAUUCAGUACAGAAGUGAUGCCUCAGAACCACAUUUUCACAGUCCUUGGGAACUUCACGACCCGGAUGGUCGAUGGGAGCACCCCCACAUUGACGAGGACAUCAGAGAGAAGCUGCUUUCUUCUUUUGCCAAGCUAGAGAACGUUAAAAAUCAGGAGCAUUUUGGGAUUCAAAAGUUUAAAAAGGUAUCGCAGAAAUCUGAUUUUCUAAACAGGUUUCCAGUUCCACUCUCUCUUGAAGUGAUCAAGAGGAGAUUAGAGAACAAUUACUACCGUAGUUUGGAGGCCGUCCAGCACGACAUCAUGGUCAUGCUGUCAAACCUCCAAUCCUACUUUGGGAAGAAUGCGGAGCUUUCAGUGAAGGUGAGGCGAUUGUCGGAUUGGAUGACGCGUAUAUUAUCGUCAUUGUUGGGAACCGAGACAGUUUUGUAGAAGAAUCAGUCUCGAAUGAUGUUUGAGAGCCUGCAUUGUUAUUGUAGAUAUCCUUUUUUUUCCCCCCUUUUUUUCUUCUUUUACUAUCUCCUAUUGCAAUCUUGCACCCAUUGAUCCAAUUUUGGAAAUCGGUUUUGUUUUUGGAGAUAGUUCUUUGGCAGUCCCUCUUCUCAAAGGAGGGAUCUCAGUCGCCUGGUUGUGGAAAACCACCCGCCAGAAUUUAUUCUUGUAUAGAACUAUUACCAUUAAUAAAAAGAAAAAAAAAAUCGAUUUUCUCCA